GAACUUGAAAACCGGAGUCCUAAUUGGAAAAUAUCUGAAACUUGCUCCAGGGAGAUCUUGCCAAUGUCGGAGAUGAAGAAGAAUGUUGUGUAUGAUCUCCCUGAAGAUAUUAUUUUCAAGAUUCUAUGUAGGUUGCCAGUCAAAAGUUUGAUUCGAUUCACUUGUGUUUCAAAACGAUGGCGUUCUGUAAUAAUCUCUGACCCUCAGUUUGCUAAAUUCCAACACAAGCUAGCAUCUCAGCGCAAAACCCUCUGUCAUAGAUUUUUAGUCAGCACCCUCUUUCGACUUGAACCCUUUAUCGAGUGUUGCCAUAUCGAGUGUCAAUGCGACUUCUCAGAUUCUUCAGAGAAAAAAGCAGCAUUAUCCGAACUCCACACUCAGUUUCGAACCAUAGAUUUGGAAGCGCCCACUCAAUUUGGAGAUGCUUCUUCGGUUAAGAUUCUUACCUCUCCAUUUGAGGGGCAUGUCAAGCCAAUGGUUACUUGUAAUGGUUUGGUAAUUCUAGGUGAUGACCAUUGUACAAACUUGUCUAUCUGGAACCCUUCGACUGCAUUCUUCCGCAAAAUACCUGAUCCAGGUAUUUGGGCAGAAGUCGCAACCGGGCAUGGAUACGGAAGAUAUGAUAUAUAUGCACUUUGGGGUUUUGGGUAUGUGUCAGCAACUGAUGACUACAGCCUUGUUAUUCUAUUACAUCAUUCAGAUGAUGAUGAUGAUGAUGAUGAUGAUGAUGAUGAUGGUGGUGAUGAUGAUGAUGAUGAUUUACCUUUUGUAUUGGACGUACACAUUUUCUCGGUGAGAGAUAACUCAUGGAAAAUUAUUCAAGUCCCUGGUAAUAUCGUUGACUGGAUCUUCAGUAGGAAGGGGGUUCUUGCAAAUGAAGUAAUCCAUUGGAUCACGGUGAAAAAUCAAGAAACUGGUGAGCUAGUUAUCUCUGCUUUUGAUUUGACUGAGGAGGAGUUCCAGAAAGAACCGUUGCUAUUCCCUGAGGAUGUAGACUACAACAUUGAUGACUUCAGGACAGAGAUAGAACUGGGGUGUAUAGAUGGAUGCCUUCGGUUUUACUCUAUGAAUACUGGCAGGGAUAUUGAAGUCUGGGUGAUGAGAGAAUACAGGGUACGUAAAUCUUGGAUCAAACUCUUUAAAUUUAGUCUAGAUGAUAUUCCAAAUGUCUUUGGUACAGAAGUUUUUAUGUCACAAUUUUACGUUCUGGAAAGUGGUAGUGCUUUCAUCAAUUCAGACCUAAAGGAGUUCAUCAGAAUUGAAUGCCAUAAAGAAGAUAAGCCGGUUCUGAGCGGCCGAUAUAGGAUGGAGAAGUGGGAGCCGAUGAAUUUAGGUUUAUGGGAUAAACUUGAAAGUUUACGGAAGGAUGGGCAGGAUGCAAAUUUUUUGAAAGUGAUGUUUUACGAUGAAACUUUAGUUUCAGUGCCUGAAUGAUCUAUGGUGAAAGUUGGACAAAAGAACGGGAAAUCCAACAAGGCCAUGAAACUAUCAUCUGGUU